CGAUCCGUCCCAAAAUGUCGGGCCUGUGGGAAAGGCCGUUCCUUCACUGGCUGCAGUUCUUCGUCCCGAGUGCACGCGUGCGUCAUAAGAGUUGCAGCUUGAGCUUUCCCGGUGCAGCCAAGUCCCUGCCUCGAUAGCCCAGCAGCGUUGAAUAACAAGCGCGAUCGCCUGACCUCCGCAACCUCAAAGUUGCGAAGGCGGGCCCAGCGAUGCAGACUGGCCUGGUCUCGACCACUGUCGGGUUGGCUCGUUCGACAAUUGCCCGGCGCUCGACUUGUCACGCCUGCGGCUUCCGCCCGACCUCCAGCCCCUUUAGCACUGCGUCUCGACGAUCGCAGCCAACCCAGCACACCCGCGGCCGACGACCCUUUUCGCAGCAGUCGCACAGGCCAAGGGCCGACUCCAAGGUGCAGGACUCGAGGAUCCGCUGGUAUCCCAUCCCCGUCGGUCUCGGCGUUGGGUUCCUGGGGCUGGUGCAGUUCUACAAGGUAUAUACCAGAGAGCAGGAGAAGAAGGCCGAAGAUGGCGAUCUUGACGAGCGUCCGAAGAGACGGCCUCGGGUGCGACCAGAUGGCCCUUGGCAGGUGCGGAUCAUGUCCACGUUGCCCCUGAAGGCCAUGUCUCGGCUAUGGGGCAAGUUCAACGAGCUGACUCUGCCGACCUUCCUUCGUGUCCCCGGGUUUCGGCUGUACGCCAUCAUUUUCGGUGUCAACCUGGAUGAGAUUGAGGAGACCGAUCUCCGCAAGUUCCCGAAUUUGGCCUCCUUCUUCUAUCGCACCCUGAAGCCUGGCGUGCGGCCGCUUGAUCCGAAUCCCAACGCCCUUCUCUCACCGGCCGACGGUCGCCUCCUGCAGUUUGGACAGAUCAAAGGCGGUGACAUCGAGCAGGUGAAGGGCAUGACCUACACCAUCGACGCGCUGCUCGGCCAAAACAGCCCGACUCCGAGCAUCUCGAGCCAGACCUCGCUCGAUAAACUCCCCAAAACGAACCAGCGUGAACCGGAUGGCGACGAAAAGCUCGUUGCAAGAGACGAGGAAUUCGCCCGCGUAAACGGAAUCUCCUACACCCUCCCCGACCUCUUCUCUGGCUCCAAAAAGAAGAGUAAAGGCAGCCCCAAAGACGAAUCCGUCACUCCUGACUCGGCCAGCGUGUCCGAGGUCCGGGCUGAACUCGCCCUCGGUGAGAGGUCUUGGCUCGACUACCUUUCGCCGGGAAGCCGGCACACGCUUCAUUACGCCGUCAUCUACCUCGCGCCCGGGGAUUACCACCGGUUCCAUUCGCCCACUAACUGGGUCGUCGAGCGGCGCCGCCACUUCGCCGGUGAGCUGUACAGCGUGUCCCCCUACUUACAGCGCACGCUGCCCGGCCUGUUCACGCUGAACGAGCGCGUCGUAUUGCUGGGCCGCUGGCGUUGGGGCUUCUUCAGUUACGUGCCUGUCGGCGCCACCAAUGUCGGGGCCAUCAAAAUCAACUUUGACAAGGAGUUGAGGACAAACAGCCUGACAACGGAUACCGAGGCGGAUAGGGCCGCGGAUGAGGCGGCGAAGAGGGGAGAGCCUUACCUUGGCUACUCUGAGGCGACAUACGAGGCUGCUAGCCCGGUGCUCCGGGGCCAUGCUCUCAGGCGCGGCGAGGAGAUGGGCGGCUUCCAGUUGGGCAGCACUAUUGUGCUUGUGUUUGAGGCGCCGGCUGGGGAGCAGGAUGAGAGCGGGAAGCAUACGGCCGGGUGGCAGUGGGCUGUGGCAAAGGGGCAGAGGGUUAAAGUCGGGCAAGCGCUAGGAUAUGUCGAUGUUUGAUCUCCUUGAAAAGGGGGCUGUGACAUUACGUAUACACCAGAGUACAUAUGGGUAAUGUUGUAAUGUAGGAGUGGCAAUCAAUCUUGUAGUUGUGGCUGGGAUA